GCAGUCAGUCAGGGAGGGAAAAGCCUAUGGCGCCCAUCUGGAGAGGAGCGUGUUGACGUCAACAUUGAGGAACAUGGAGAAGUGUGGAGCAUGCGCAGAAGGACACAUUGACGUCACCCUUUCCUCAGGCCUUAUCAGUAGUAGAGACUGACCGAACAAUAGGCCUUGAGUGUGGGCAUUCCUGGGGCCCCACUUCUCUCUGUGGCUUCGGCCCACUACUAGUCAUGGCCAGCAACAAUGAGAAUGGUGAGGAGAUAGCUCAGGUCUCCACCUUAGAGGCUGCCUUGGCGAUGGUGGGUGGCAACCCUAGUGGAGGUGAUGCCUGCUGCGUAAUUGACCUAAAUAACGGGGGUCGCCAGGUCCGUGAGGGCCAAAACGACUCUGAGGAGAGCAGUAGGGACCCGAACUCCUCUUCCUCGGAGCAUCACCAGGAGGAGCCAAGGCCCUCAGCCGAGCCUGUGAUUAGGAUUCCAAGGCGCCGUUCCUCACGAAGGCGUCGGCGAACCACAUUGCAGUUCACACUGGGGCAGGUCGAGGAAAUGGAAAAAAUGUUCAAAGAAACCCAGUACCCAGAUGCGCUUGCCAGGAAAGAACUUGCACAAGUUUUGAAUAUUCCUGAAGUCAAAGUGAAGACAUGGUUUGUCCAUCGGAGAGCAGAAGAGAGGAGGAGUGAGAGGUCUGUAGUAUUACAGAGCAUACCUCCUCGUAUUGAAAAGGUCCUUAUCCUUAGGGAUAGGGACUCCUAUCCCUAGAGUGCAAUCUUUGUUGAGGAGCAAGAGCGAAAUCUGGUGACACAUGUACUCAAUGUACAGCUUCACUAAAAUUCAGCACUCAUGUUAACAAUAAAAUCAUGAAUUUCCAAGUUA